AUGCUCAGACGACUAGUCAGAUCAUUCACCCACGGACACCAAAAAUCCACAAUCACAAAGGAUAACCUUUUCGAUACAAUCCCAGCAGAUUGCGACCAGGAAUGCCACAGCUGUACUAUAAAGUACCCUGCAAAUUUUAAAAUAGAGGGAGGGUCUGAUUUAUGGCAGACUGGUGACGACUGGGCGACGCAUCUGAUCGUUGCUACUGGGAAAUCAGAUUGGGUUCGAGAUGUGAGUGACGAGAAAGGCUCCAUUAUGGAGGCUAUCAGCAAGGCCAAGAAGCCCACCAAUGGGAAACUAAAAGUCUCCGCCUCAAACAUGUGCCCACCUCCAGAGUACUACACGGAAAGCUCAAAACCUACAACAUGUGUAAUUUUACCUUCCUGGACCCAGGUCGAAAUGGUGACCCCAGACGACGUACAAGAACUUGUCGAUAAGUUCAUUAGCCCUGGCCCCACCACUACCACGCCCUUAGAACCGCAGGGCCUGCAAAUGUGUACUACAAAAGAGGCCAAACAUGAUACCACAAUCACUGCUACACCCGAACAAUUGGACGCGGGGACCGACCAUACGCAAUCUACGGCAGAUGACUCCAUAAGCGAUAAUGGAACCACACAGUCAGAAGAAUUAGCAACCCUGACAAUUAGUGCCACAUCCUGCCCUACAGCCGCUGACUUGGCUGCAUCUUCCUAUCUCAAGUCUUACGAAUGCCCGCAUGAUUACCUAAUUUUGCUUUGCUCCCACAAACAUCGCGAUGCUCGCUGUGGUCAAUCUGCGCCGUUGAUCGCGAAGGAAUUACGACGUCAUCUCCAGCCAUUGGGUCUUUACCGCGACUUAGACGAUUAUAGGCCCGGCGGGGUGGGAAUUUUCUUCAUUAACCAUGUUGGUGGACACAAAUGGAGUGCGAACAUGAUUAUUUACAGGAAGAAGGCUGGACAAGGUAUCUGGCUAGCGAGGGUGCGGCCGCAUGAUGUCGAAGCGAUUGUUAAGUGGACAGUGCUGGAAGGGAAAGUGCAGCCCGACAAGAUUAGAGCCGGCUUUGAUCGCUCAAGAGGAGUUACCAGCUGGUAA